UGUCAAUAAUACACGGAACAAAAAUACCGUAGAACCGCUUCAGCGGUCCGUGCCUCAAAUCUCCCCCCGUACGUCACACGUGUGAAAGACAGACUUUCUCUUAUAUCAACAAAUAUGCCGAAGGCAGCGAAAGGGAAGGGACAGGUGGAGAAGAAGACUAUUCACCCAUACAGCAGAAAAGCUGCAUAUUUAGCAAGCGCUGCCAUCAAACAACAGAGGAAAGAAAAGUUAAAGGGUGAAAAGGCACAGCGUCUAAAUUUGAUUGGUGAAAAACUGUUGUGGUUCCAAAGCCAGCUGGACCCUGACAAGUCAGAAUACACCAAACAAGAUGCUUGUAAUAUAAUUGAGAGGUACCUUCACCGGUUUGAUGGAGAGCUGGAGCAGAUUGAGUUAGCGAACAGUAUUAAAGGACGACAGGGUCGUCAGCACGGCUCUAGAGAAGCUAUCAUCAAACAAACAAUGGAGCGAGAGAGAGCUCAGUAUGAAGGCAAUGGCUUUGAAAUCCCUGAUAUCAUCAACUCUAAGCAUCUGAAAAUAUUCAGAGAGUGGACCGGGGACCUCAAGAAACUCCCCAACAUUAAGAUGAGAAAGGUUUCAGCCAAAGGCUCUGAUAGCACCGUGUCUGCAGUUUCACAAGAUAAACACAUGGAAGAAGAGAAUAAGGAAGAUGCAUCUCGGAAUUCUGAUACAGACCUAUAGCAAUCCUGCAGCUCUACUACAGUUUACAGUAGAGGAAUGGACAUCAUGCUGUGUAAGGACAGAAAGAGCAAGACGUUGCUUUGUGUUACUAGUGCUUCCUACUAGUAACCAGAGUGCACUAAGCCUCUUGCAAAAAUAUGUUGUUGUGAGGAAGGGUGUUACUUAGUCACUCAGGUAACAGUAUCAUUAGUUCAUAAAUAAACAGAGACUUUGAAACCGUUUGAGACAUUCACUGGUUUAUUGCACGGACUGAUUUUUGCAUGUUUCUUUUAUAAUGUGCAUCCGAGUUGUGAACACUGAUGUUGAUCAUCUCAUGAUCCUGGCAUGGCCCUAUGUGUGUUUGUUUUAUAAUUAUUUUAAUAUAUCAAGAUCACCACUGCAGAAAAUUACAAUACAAAAUUUUUUUUUAAUUUGCUGAAUUCUUUCUGAAUAACACUCGGCAAAAGAUGAUCGCCUCCAAACCUGCAUAUUAAAUCUGUCUUACAAAUAACUAAACACUAUUCUCCACAAACCCUUCAAAACAUACCUCCUCAAAAGCUGCAUAAGUUUUUAAAAAGAAAAUAAAAAUAGAUCCUGUACUUAAUGCCAUCCUGGUUACCAUAGUUACCCAUUUAUUUUAGACCGAUAAACAUGCCAAAAGGUUAUUGUGUGAAUUUUUU